UACGAAAGCGCGCAAAGAAGCUCGGCUUCAGCCGUUGAGCACGUGCGCGCCUCAACGGUCAGAAAAUCCGCGGCUCUUCCUUUUCUGGUCCUGCGCAGGUCGACUUUUGUUUCUCUGCAGCAGCGUCACAUCCCAUUUGGAUGCGGAGGUGAGAGGAAAGCUGAGCGUUCAGGAAAGUUGUAAACUCGGGAGGAAACCCAGGACAGGCUAAGAAACAGCCUGCUCGGAAGAGGGGCGGAGAGAAGGAAAGGAGGGAGGUGAAGAACGACACCUGUUCAGAGACUUCCUCCAGGUCAGCUCAUCAUCAUUUCCUGCUGAUAUAUUUUUUAAAAUUCUGAGUCACUUAUUCAAAGUAGCUGAAAAGUCAAUGGAAGCAGAGAAAGGAAACCUCAGCCUUCCUGCUGAUGAAGUGUUCAUUGCCGCUGCUGCUGCAGCGACGGAUCCUGUCCAGGAUCUUUAUGAAGAAGCCACUUGUUCCAUCUGCCUGGAGUAUUUCAAGUCUCCAGUGAUCACAGAGUGUGGACACAACUUCUGCCAAGCCUGCCUGACCCAGUGCUGGGAAGAAGUUGACAAAGAGGCCUCCUGCCCUCAGUGCAGAGAAAAAAUUCAACAAGGAAACCUCAGGCCAAAUCGGAAGUUGGCAAACUUUGUGGAAAUAACUAAGAAACUUAGUCUGCAGAAGGCAAAAGUAGGAGAAAGGAGGAGAGUCUGUGAGAAGCACCAGGAGCCCCUGAAGCUCUUCUGCAAGGAGGACCAAGCCCUCAUUUGUGUGGUAUGUGACAGAUCCAAAGAGCACAGGAAUCAUGACGUGGUUCCUCUGGAGGAGGCUGCCCAGGACUACAAGGACCUGAUCGGCAGUCAACUGGAGCUUUUAAAGAAGAAGAAAGAAAGAAAGCUGGCAUGUAAAUCAAAAACAGAGGCAGAAUGCCAAAACAUACUUAAGUGUACAAAAGAAAAGACACAACAAGCAGUGGAAGAAUUCAGACAAAUGUGUCACUUUUUAGAAGAACAGGAAAAGAUUCGGCUGGCCCAGUUGGAACUAGUAGAGAAGGAGAUUGCAAGGAAAAGAGAUGAGCUGCUGGCCAGGUUCUCCGAGGAGCUCUCCUCUCUUGGAGGUCUCAUCCAGGAGAUGGAGGAGAAACAGCAGCAGCCCCCAGAGGAACUCCUACAGGAUGUGAAAAACAUCUUGGAGAAGAAUGAAGAGAGAAAGAAGUUUGAGGUUCCAGUGGGUUUCCCAGUAGAACUGAAGUGGAAGAUCUGGGACAUCUGUGAUAGCAUUUUGUGUCUAGUUGGCCCCAUGGAGCUAUUCAAAGAUGCUGUAUCUUUUAGGCAAGAACUUCAGAAAGCAAAUAUCUUUCUUGAUCUAAACACAGCCCAUCAGCAACUCAUCUUGACUGAGGAUUGUAAGAGCGUAAAAUAUGGAGGCAAAUGUCAAGACUUGCCUGUCAAUCCUGAGAGAUUCAGCAGAAGUCCUUCUGUGCUGGGCAGCAAGGGGUUCACGGGAGGCAGACAUUUCUGGGAAGUCGUUGUUGGAAGUGAGGAGCAAUGGAUCAUAGGAGUGGCCAAAAAAUCUAUGAAGAGAAAGGGUGAUCUUGUCUAUAGUCCUAGAGGAGGCCUCUGGGCUAUAGGGAAGUGGGGAGGUGGGUACAAUGCUACAAAUGAGUCCCAUUUUCCUAGAUUGUCUCCAGUUGGGGAGCUUAAGCUGAUCCGAGUAUAUCUGAACUAUGCUGGGGGGCAAGUAGCUUUUUAUGAUGCUCAUACCGCAGCCCAUCUCUACACAUUCUCCAGAGCCUUGUUUGCAGGAGAGACCCUGUUCCCAUUCUUUCACAUCUAUGGAAAAGGCCACCUUAGAAUCUCACCAUAAGGCUGGCAAGCAAGCUGACCCCUUCUCUUCCUGCCUUGCACGCUGGAGCAGAAUUCUUUUCAAAAUCUGAAACUUUCUUUUUUCUGUUAUUUUGAAACGACAUAUGCUCCAUUUUCAGAUUGAGUGUAGCCAAGCCUCCAUAGGGGUAUGUCAUUGAAGAAUAAUAUCAGGAAGUGGACAUGUGCUGUUCCUCUGGGUUUUUUUAAUAUCUUAAAAUCUAAAAUUUCCAUGUUAGCUUCUGUUUUCUGAGUCUUCAGACUUCAGGGCUUUCCCCACCUCCUUUCUCUUAGAUCUUUUCUCUCUGUGUGAGAAUCUGUCUUAUUUCCUUUCCCUAUAUGAUCGCUCGAAGGCAACCGUCAGAGAGAAAGGGCCAUAGCAGACGUUGCUAAAGAUGGAGAGAAGUCCUUGUAAGAUUUUUUUUUUGUCUCUGACAAAAAUAUCUACAUGAGUGUAUUUUUGUCUCCCAGGAUGCUCUGCUGCUCUGACUUGAAAGUUGUCACUUGUGAUUCAGGGAACUUUAAAGGGAAGUGAAUUCACCGAAUUAGAAUUUAUUAGGUAAUUUGACUCCGUCCAUUUGGGCCUAUAUAUACAUAGACUAUGGCUUUUGUACCACUACUGGUGUUCAGUAAGAUAUCUAGAAUUCCCGUGUCAUCAUACAUCAGUAGUGUUGCGAAUGGUCACUGUGCUUAGUUUUGUAUACCACAAUAAAUUUGUUUGUUCUUAGAG